AUGCUCAUCGGGAAGCUGCUGAAUCGGAGCUCCGGUUUUUCCUCUUGUUCCAAAUUGUUUGUCGGAGGUCUGUCAUAUGACACCAACGAAACCGCUCUCAAGGAUGCCUUCUCUCAGCACGGUGAGAUUAUCGAAGUGAAAGUAAUAUGCCAUCUUGCGACGGGGAAAUCAAAAGGGUACGGCUUCGUCAAGUUCUCUUCGGAAACUGAAGCAGCCGCAGCCUUGGAGAAGAUGAGUGAUGAGGUGCUUGAUGGUAGGAAUAUAAGAGUUGACUAUACAAACCACAGAUAA